CAUGAUUUGGGAUAUGGUACCUGUUGAAAUUUCUUGGCAGUUUUAUCCAAGAAUCUGACCACAGAAAGAUUUACACGCUUGGAUUCAUAUUCAUGAAGUAACAAUGGAUAUCGGGGAUUAUACUGGUAGAUUUGAGGAACUGGAGUGUUAACGUCACAGAAUGAAAUGGAGAAUGAGCAUGUAUCUCCGUUAUAUGAUUAUGCGGCUGGUGCUAUAGCAGGUUCCGUAGGUGUGGUUGUGGGACAUCCCUUUGAUACGGUCAAGGUUCAACUCCAAAUACGACAAGCAAGCUUGGAGACAGUAUCCUUAAGAGAAUGUUACAGUGCAGUAAAGAGCCAAAAUUUGGCCAAGGGAUUUUUCCGAGGAUUGUCAUGGCCAAUGCUGUCCUAUGGAAUCAUCAACUCUGUGUUCUUUGGUGUGUAUGGGAGUACAAUGAAGCUACUGAAUGCAGACAUAUCAGGAAAGACUCCCCCAGAUUACGCUAAAAUCUGCCUGGCAGGGAGUCUGGGGGGCCUCUGUCAGCUGAUUCCUGCAGUCCCCAUAGACGUGAUCAAGGUUGUCCUACAGUCCCAGAUACCUCACGGAACCUCUGGUUCUCCGGGAAAGUACUAUCAAGGCCCAAUAGAGGGAACACGAGACAUCCUCCGCAGCAGGGGAUUCUUAGGAAUGUACCGUGGGCUUCCAACCCAGGCGUUACGAGAUAUUCCUGCCUCUGUCACAUACUUCCUUGUGUAUGAAUUCCUAAUUUACCAUGGAGUCAAGUCAUUCCCCGCCAUCUCCUCUACGCUACAGAGUUUUGUCUACGGUGGAGUAGCAGGUGUCGUGAGUUGGGCUUUGAUUAUGCCAUUUGAUGUCAUGAAGAGUCGUAUUCAGGCGGACAGUGACAGGAAGUUAUACUCUGGCUUCCUAGAUUGUGUUGUCAAGAGUUACAAGUCCAAUGGAAUAAAGAUAUUUUUCCGAGGACUCUCAAUGACCAGUUUAAGGGCAUUCCCGGUUAAUGGAAUGACUCUAAUGACACACAUAGAACUUAUGAAAUUAUUUGGGGAGAAAAAACAUCAGCAAUGAUUAUCAUUUGCAGGCACAUUUGAUGGAAUUUAUGUACAGCUAAUUUACCAAGUAGGAAUGUGUUGAAAUAGUUUUAGAUUUUUAAAAAAUGUAUAUAUUUUUUACUUAAAUUUGUGUAUACCCAAUAUUACCGCUAUAUAAUAUUUUCAUUUAUCAUCCAUUACAUAUAAAGGGAUGUACUGAAUGGCAUUUUUAAUCUAUAUUUAUGACCCCAUAAACGAAGUUUAACAAGGUGUUUAUAGGAAUCAAAUGACUUGUCGUAUAAGUGUCCCUUUCUUGUCAGGGCAGCCCAUAACUUUGUAAUGGAGAAAAAUUGGUAGCUCCUACCAGCAGGCAGCUUAUCAUUACCUGAUUUCUUUAUAUUUAAGGAUAUAUUCUGCUCAAAUAAAUUAAAGUUUUCAUUUAUGACAUUUAAAUUUGAUGUACCGGUAAUCAUUAUUUGAAACAAAAUCUUUUAAAAUAUGUAAGUGUUAGUGAUACAUGUACUAUGUUGGGAAAUAAGUCUUCUUGGGAUUUUUUAUAGAUGCAAAAAAAAAUUUAAUUCUCGAGAAACAUAUGACCUAGAUUUAAAUUUUUUUUUUAGCUUUGUGAGAAAACCAUCAAAUUACAAAUAAUUCAAAUAUGAAUAGAAAGUAGGGGGUUAGUGGGCAGAAAAUAAUAUGUUUAUUUUGAGGGAUGAAAUGAGAAGACAUCCUUAACUCUUACCUGAUAUCUUUAAGCAAUAAGAUAAUUUCAGCCAUUGAUUACUACCAGGUAAGUGUAUAGUUCUAAAGAUUAAUUAAUUCAACAAGUACCAAUAAUUUUUCUCCGUCUUGUCCGUUUGACUGAAUGUCUACCGAAAAUGACUCUUAGUUUCUUGCUAGUCAAUGCAUUAUCAUGUCAUGAAUUGCUAUAUUCCUAUAUCCUGAAAUUUCUUCAAAAAUGUUCAAAAGUUAAAGCUCACAGUUUUUCAAGAUUUUGUAUAGAGCACAACCCCUAAUCCAAAAUGUUCAAUUACAAUUAUAUAAUGUUGAACUGUUUCUGAAAAUUAUAAAAUGUGCUCUUUUUGGGUUGAGGGGUGUACUCGUAUUUUAAUUAAUUCUUUGCUAAAUGUACUCAAAAUAUACAUUUCUGCAAAGUCCAAGAACAAUGCAACUUUACAAAGCCUGUUUUCAAAUACCUGGAUGAAACUUUGUUGCCAGAAUAGCUGGAAAAUCAAAGUAGUAAGUCUCUAUUUUAUAUUGAUGUUUGAAAUGGGACAAACGGUGUUAGUCAGUAAACUCAUAUAUUAAUAAAAAAUAUAUAUUAGUAAAAAAAAAAUACA